AUGUCUUUGAAUAGUGCGAAGGCAGUAUUCGAACCGAGUCGAUGGCUGCAAAUAAACAACAACACGUUAAGUAACAACAACAACAACAUUGAUUUCAACAACAUUAACUAUAGCAACGACAACAACACCAACAACGCAAGCAGUAGUACUAGUAGUAACGACAAUGGCGAUUGUAGUUUUUUAUCAGAUUCUGGAAAUUUUUCAAACGCUUCUAAUCAGUCAAUCAGUCCAUUUGAAAAUUGUGAUGCACAAAUUGAACUACCAACAAAACAACAACAACAACGACAUCCACAACAACAAUCACAUCAACAACAUCAGCGAAAAAACCCAGAAGAAGCAAAACAAAUCCAAGACCAACAACAUCUUUAUGAUCCAAUAAAUACGUCACAUCAACACCCAUCAUUACACAACAACAAACAACAACCACAACAACCACAACAACAACAAAAUUUCUCUCCAGUGCAACAUUUAAGUGUGACGCAACAGGUUUAUUUGCCAUCAAGCUGUCACGAUAAUCUGAGAACAUCAACAAACCAAUAUGACAUCACAAUUCAACCAGAUCGUAGCAUCAACAACAUUAACAGCAUUAAUAACAUCAACAAUCAAAACAACAUCAGUAGCACCAAUUGCAUCAACAGCAUGUUGAGUGGCGAUAUUUUCAAUAAGUAUAACAACCCUUACAACCUCAAAAACGUAAUCACUAACAUUGAUUACAUUAGCUUCAACAACAACAACACCCCCAACAACAACAUCCCCAACAACAACAACUCUACCCCCAACAACAACAACAACAACAGCAACAAUGUUGAUGACGGCAGUUUUAUGAAAGACAAUUUUUCAAUGCAAUCAUCCGUACCUUGGUAUUCUGAAUAUAAUGACAAAUCAAUACAACAACCACAACAAUCUGCGUGUCAUUUCUUUCAAUAUCAACAACAACAGCAGCAACAGCAGCAGCUACAACUACCACACCAGAAGCAACAACAACAUUUUUUCAAUUUCACGCCACAACUAGUACAUCAGCAAGAGGCACAUAUCACAUUAGACAGUAACAAUUCAGAAACGAUGUUUCAACAGAUCGCACAGCCGAAAGACUCAUCUACGCAGAAAGACCCAACAGCCACUACUGACAUCUUUACUUCAUUCUUCUCAACUAUACAACAACAACAACAACAACAACACAACCUGCAACCAUACAACUUAGACCAGCAACAACAAUUCAUUCAGCAACAACAAAUGAAAAUGCAACCGAAGAAAAGCGCAAAUACGACCGAAUGCGUGUGCGUUCCCAGUUCUGAGCACGUCGCUGAGAUUGUCGGCAGGCAAGACACACAGAGACAGACAGACACAGACACAAACAGACAGAGACACAGACAAAAAUAUUCAUCAUGA